AAAUAAAAUGAAAGAAAAGAGGCAGCCACAGCCACAGCCACAGCCACAAAUAAUGGAGGUGUUGCAGUUGGUGGGUCCCCACUUUCCCCUCCGCCAUUCUCUUUCCAAACGCACCGUCUCCGUUCCUGCUCCCGCUCAUUUACUCUCGGUGGUGCUCCGGCGCCGGACCGGCGGAGUGCGGUGCGCGGUGGAGGUUCCCGAGGGAGGGAAGAUGGUGAUGGAGCUGGUGGGAGCGUUCAACGAGCUAACGGAGAGAAUGAACGUGUUGUCCACCAGCUCUUCGCGGCUUCUCUUCAAGUGCCUCAAACUCUCCAUCCCCAUCUUGCAAACCUCCCCUCUCGCUCCCGAUGGUCGUUCUCCUCUCUCCAAAGCCUUAUCCGUCGCCAUGCUCCUCGCCGAUCUUCAAAUGGAUGCCGAAGUUAUCUCUGCUGGGAUACUGAGGGAGGUGUUGGUGGCGGGUGAGUUGAGCAUACAUGAAAUUCGGACUCAGAUGGGUGUGGCUACUGCUCAUUUGCUGCACGAGAGUUUGCGUGUGAACAAUAUCCCAUCCAGAAUAGAUAUUGUGGAUGAUGACAAUGCUGCUGCAUUCAGAAAGUUCUGCCUCACUUACUAUGACAUCAGAGCUUUAAUUCUGGAUCUGACUUUGAAGCUUGACAUGAUGAGACACCUUGAUUAUCUGCCCAGAUAUCAGCAACAGAUGAUUUCUCUGCAGGUUAUGAAAAUACAUGCUCCUCUUGCUCAUGCUGUGGGAACUACCUACUUGUCCCUGGAAUUGGAAGAUCUCUCGUUUCAGUACUUGUUUCCUUAUUCAUAUCUUUAUGUGGAUGCAUGGUUGCGAAGUCAUCAGACUGGGGGUAUAUCUCUCAUUGACAUCUACAGGGAGGAACUGCUCCAAACUUUGAAGGCUGAUCCCUUGCUCAUGAAACUUGUGGAUGAUGUCUCGAUCAAAGGCCGAUACAAGAGUCGAUAUAGCACGAUGAAGAAACUGUUGAAGGAUGGUCGGAAGGCAGAAGAUGUGUAUGAUGUGCUUGGAAUGCGAGUGAUAUUAAAUCCUAAGCGUGGAGAGAAUACGUUGGAAGCUGGAGAGAGAGCAUGCUAUAGGACUCAUCAGAUCAUCCAAUCCAUGUGGAAGGAAAUCCCUAACCGAACAAAGGAUUAUAUUGCUAGGCCCAAAGCAAAUGGAUAUAGAAGUUUGCAUAUGGCAGUUGAUGUGAGUGAAAAUGGUAAGACCAGACCAUUGAUGGAAAUACAGAUAAGGACAACCGAAAUGGACAGGCUAGCUGUUGGUGGAACAGCAGCCCAUUCAUUAUACAAGGCUGGCCUUACUGAUCCUGAGGAGGCAAAACGUCUGAAGACCAUCAUGCUGGCUGCAGCUGAAUUGGCUGCGCUGCGCCUUAAAGAUUUUCCUACUACAAACCAUAAAGGGAUUGAGAUUGACCAGAGGGAUAGAGUGUUUCGCCUUCUUGACAAGAAUGGAGAUGGUAAAAUCAGCAUUGAGGAACUUACAGAGGUGAUGGAGGAGCUUGGUGCACCGGGAGAAGAUGCCCGACAGAUGAUGCAGCUUCUUGACUCAAACAGUGAUGGUUCCCUCAGCUCUGACGAAUUCCAUAUGCUCCAAAAGCAGGUUGAAUUGGUGCGUAAUUUAGAGGACCGAGAUGAUCAAUACAAGAAAAUAUUGGAUGAAAAGCUUCAUAUGGCAGAUGACAGUGGUUUAAUUCAGGUAUAUAACAAGGAGUUUGGCAACAGGCUUGUGAGCUAGUGCUGCAUCUAUUUGAAAUAAAUAAUGAAUAAAACACUCUUGUAUUAUCAUUAAGUUAGAGCAACGUGUAAGUGAUGUAUUUUCCAUGUAAAUUAAUUUAUGGCAUAGUGAAAUUCCUGUGAUUAAGAAAUUGUUGUAAAAUCUUGUUUCUGGCCUCGUGAUAUUUCAAACUGGAAGUUCUAAUCCUGCAUAUAAAGAAAAAGACCUUUGAUGGAUAAAGUCACUCGCAUUUCACAACCUUGUAAGCCUAUGAGCUAUAUCAAUAUACUUGAUUGACUGAUUCGAUUAUUCA